AUGAAGGCCACACUCGCCGCCAUCGCUGUCCUUGUACUGGCUCUCAGCUGCACCUCUGAGGCUGUGCAGGUUGAAGAAAAUGGAUUGUCUUUCUCACUGGAAGCCGUCAAGAGGCUUCAUGAGCUGACAGAGAGCAGCCGUGCGGCAGGACAACAAAACCCACGACUCAGGGCAAGCAUCAUGUACCUCUGUGCCGACCCUAUGCUCCCACAGGAGUUCCUGCCCCUCUGUAAGCAAAGAGGAGCAUCUGCAUCCCUUGCCAGACUAGCUUUGGUUCCCGUAGAUGUCUGUGAGAUUUGCGCCUUUGCUGCCUGCACCGGCUGCUAAACAACCCAAGCAACCCAGAAGCAUCUUG